GCAUGUCCCUCGAGCAUCCCAUUUUGACGCAGGAAGACUCGGUAGUGAGCGAGAGAGCACAAGGCACACGAGCAGAUACAAAAUCCACGGACCAUGACAUAGCCCCUCUGCUCAAAAAUGUCAGCCCUUCUCGGUUUCGUGCUGCUGUUCGUCAGAGUCUUUUAUAUAUAUAUAUAUAUUUCACGAUCGACACUUCAUCACCUUCCUUGGGUCGGGUGGGUGUACACCCCAUGAUGUAUAUAUAUCCACCAGUUCUGCACCACCGUAGAUAUACAGAUAGCUAGAAGCCUAGAACACGAUCGAGGCAUCGAGCUAGUAGCAGGGGGCAACGGGCAACCGGUUUAGAUGGCUUUGCCGUCGGCAGGCAAGGCGUUGCCGCUGGUCGUCGUCCUCGCGGUCGCCGUGGUCGCGUCCCUUGCGCAGCCCGGCGCGGCCGACCUGAGGCCGAACUACUACGCGAGCAGUUGCCCCAACGUGGAGGCCAUCGUGCGCGGCGUGGUGCAGCAGCGGCUGCAGGCCACCAUCCGCACCGUCGGCUCCACCGUCCGCCUCUUCUUCCACGACUGCUUCGUCGAGGGCUGCGACGGCUCGGUGCUGAUCGAAUCGACGCCCCGCAACCAGGCCGAGAAGGACGCCCCCGACAACAGGUCCCUCGCGCCCGAAGGCUUCGACACCGUGCGGAGCGCCAAGGCCGCCGUCGAGGCCGCCUGCCCGGACACCGUCUCCUGCGCCGACGUGCUCGCCCUCGCCACUCGGGACGCCAUCUUCAUGAGCGGCGGGCCUUUCUUCCAGGUGGAGCUGGGCAGGCUGGACGGCCUGAGCUCCACGGCCAGCAGCGUGCCGGGGCAGCUGCCGGAGCCCAACCAGAGCAUGGACCAGCUGCUGGCGGUCUUCAACGCACACGGGCUCGGCAUGUCCGACCUCGUCGCGCUCUCAGCGGCGCACAGCGUGGGGCUGGCGCACUGCAGCAAGUUCGCGAGCCGGCUGUACAGCUUCCGGCCGGGGCAGCCGACGGACCCGACGCUGAACCCCCGCUACGCGAGCUUCCUGGCGAGCAAGUGCCCCAACGGCGGCGGGGCCGACAGCCUGGUGCUCAUGGACCAGGCCACGCCCUCGCGCUUCGACAACCAGUACUACCGCAACCUCCAGGACGGCGGCGGCCUGCUGGCCUCCGACCAGCUGCUCUACGCCGACGGCCGCACGCGCCCCGCGGUGGACUCGCUGGCCAACAGCACCGCCGCCUUCCACCGUGCCUUCGCCGACGCCAUCGUCAGGCUCGGCCGCGUCGGGGCCAAGUCCAGCGCGCGGGGCAACAUCCGCAAGCGGUGCGACGUGUUCAACUGACGGAGGGGAAAAAAAUUGCGUCUGCAUGCGUACGUGUGCGCGCGCACGAAUUUGCGUGUACAUGUUGACAUGCAUGUUCUGGGAGAGGGAGAGGGGAGUAUUUUUUGUUUUGUUUUGUUUGUAAUAAUACGUCGUCUGUCCUGUUUGAUUCGUUGAAUGCGUGGAUUGUUGAAGCUGUGUGUAAUAAUAAUAAAUUAAUGCGCAUAAGAUGUUUCCGAAAUUAUUUGUACAAAAGUGACGAAUAAAACAUGUACAAGAAUAAGGUACUCGCAA